AUGGCACAAGAAAAGCUCAUAUCUACUCAAGAAAUAUCCAGCCACAAAACGCCAGAUGAUUGUUGGAUCGUGGUCGACAACCAAGUGUGGGACGUGACUGGUUUCUUAGACACACAUCCCGGAGGGCCCACAAUUAUCUUGAAAUACGCUGGCCGCGAUGCUACCAGGGCGUACUCCGAGGUUCACACCUCAGGGCUCUUGAAAGCAGAACUGGCACCGGAUCAGUAUAAGGGCAAGCUUGACGAGUCGACGAUCGACGAAAACUGGCAUAAGCAACCAGCGAGCGAGAACCCCGAAGCAGUGUGGGGGAACGACAAGCCGCCUCUCGAAACGCUGAUCAACUCUCACGACUUCGAGCAUGUGGCUUCCAGAACUGCCAGUAAGAAGACGUGGGCUUUUUAUUCCAGCGCAGCUACGGAUCUCAUCACGCGUGAUGCGAACAAAUCAUGCUUUAAUCGCAUCUGGUUUCGUCCUCGGGUGCUGAAAAACGUCCGGUCUGUGGAUACCAAGUCAAAGAUUCUCGGAGUGGACAGCUCUAUUCCAUUGUUCGUCAGCCCUGCGGCCAUGGCCAAGCUUAUCCACCAGGAUGGAGAAUGUGCCAUUGCGCGGGCGUGUGAGAGCCGAGGGAUCAUGCAGGGGGUUUCAAAUAACUCCUCGUACACAAUAGAGGAACUUAGGGAUGCUGCCCCAGAUGCAAGCUUCUUCUUUCAGCUAUAUGUCAACAGAGAGCGUGAAAAGUCAGCGGCGCUUCUACGUAAAUGCUCGGCUAACCCUAAUAUCAAAGCAAUCUUUGUCACGGUCGACGCGGCGUGGCCGGGGAAGCGGGAAGCAGACGAAAGAGUCAAGGCUGACGAGGGCUUAUCCGUUCCUAUGGCCCCUUCACAAGCAAAGAAUGAUAGCAAAGGCGGCGGGUUGGGACGAGUGAUGGCAAGCUUCAUUGACCCUGGACUGACAUGGGAGGAUCUUGUAUGGGUUCGCAAACACACCCAUCUUCCUGUAUGCUUGAAAGGCAUCAUGUCUGCAGACGAUGCCAUCUUGGCGAUGGAAGCCGGUUUGGACGGUAUUCUGCUCAGCAAUCACGGCGGGCGUAAUCUCGAUACGAGUCCUCCGUCGAUUAUUACCCUUCUUGAGCUUCACAAGCGCUGUCCGGAGAUUUUUGACAGGAUGGAGAUCUAUGUGGACAGCGGCAUCCGGCGGGGAACAGACAUUCUGAAAGCCAUCUGCCUAGGCGCAACCGCAGUGGGGAUGGGACGCAGCAUGCUCUUCGCUACCAACUAUGGCCAAGCUGGAGUUGAGCAUCUGAUCGACAUUCUGCGGGACGAAUUGGAAACCGCUAUGCGAAAUACUGGAAUCACCUCACUUGAUGAAGCUGGCCCUCACCUUGUCCACACCGGGGACGUUGACCACUUGGUGCCGAGGAGUCCUUUACAUCCCUACGCUCGGAAGAUCGCCAGGGGCCGUAGCCCAAGGGCAUCUAAGCUUUAA